UCUUCACGAUCUGCACAAGCCUUCGGAAACCUCGACUCGGACAGUCGGACUCCACCCGAAACCGCUAACCGUGUCGGGCUGAGGCAGACACGGGCUCUUACUUACACACUUAUGCAGGUUCGCCAAGCCCAGCUGCAUCGACGACCACGACGACGACGACGGCGGCGGAAGCUUGGGCUUUAUCUAGCUGUCUUCUUCUUCCCGAACAACGUCAUCGAACGUUCUCCUCGGAGUGCUCCUCGUCACCGUCACCGUCACCGUACCGUAUGUAGAGGUGCCUACCCUUCGCCGAUCCAAUGCCCGACAAAGAUCUCCUUCUAUGUAUCUAGAAUCGGGAAGGGAAGGAUUCUAGCUUGCAGAUUCCCGCGCCGGCGCUCACGAAAGGGAAGAGCCGGUUCGUGGGUUCACCGAAGAAAAAAACCAGCGAGGCUUGGCCGUUGGUUGCCUACAUAUGGCGCGAGCCGAGUUCUGAAACCUGGAGGAAGGGGCCGUCGUCAUCUUCGAUACCACGGCCACCGUGGGGCCAACGAAUGGGUCUCGAAAGACCACUGCUGGUGGUAGGGGGAGGAGAGCUCUCUCUCCGGACGCGAACGGCUCGCUGAACCUGAAGCCGAACCUGAAGCCGAACCUGAACCUGAACCUGAACCGUGGCGGUGGGUAGAAUCGGGACUCGGGAGCCGCAGUCGUCGACUCCGGUCUCGGUCUCGGUGG